AAAUCCUCUCUCUUCAUUCACAUCCACACCCCUCUCCAAUAUAAUUUAGAUUGCUUAGAAGAAAAAAAAAUCAUACCCCAAAAAAACCAAAAAAAGAAGAAGAAACACCUCUCUCCAACUUCCUUUCCCAGGUCGAUGAUGACAACGUUGAUGGGGCUUUUUCUAAUGUAUCGCUAAUUAGGAAACUCAACGAAAAUUGUCAUUGCGAAAUAAAUUCAUCGAACUGGGUAACUUAAAGGGAGUUUCGAGAUGGAGGCGCAAAGGAUGAACCAACUGAUGUUUUUAUGGUCAAGAUUGCAAAGUAAUCGUGUUGCCCUUGUGGGUGGGAAUCACACCGCAUCCAGGUUUUGCACUCGCUAAUAAUUCAUUCCCCUUUCGCUGCCACUCCCACCUCCCUCUCUCACGCUAGCUCUUGCAAUUAACAUUCUAUUCUUCUUUUUUCUAGGAUCUCUUUCAAUACUCUCUAAUAUAGUUUGUGAUACUUUUUCUUUGCUUGCUCAUUUUUUUUUUCCCCAUUUUGCACUUUUCCCAUCAACAUGAGAUUUAUAGCCAUGGAUUUGAUUCAUGGGUUUCGAACUAAACACCACAACAAAGUCAAUAACCAAUAUAAAGAUGACAUUGAUAUGAAUACUUAUACGCAUUUCUUGAUAAUUCGAUUGCCUCAUUCUUGGGUUUUGAAACUGAUGACAAGGACCAUUCUUUUGGCAUUGGUAAUUGUUGCAUUGCCAUGGUUUAGCUCGAUACUUGGAAAAUUGUCUUUAAAUUCUUACGGAACUAAUUCUGAGGCAGAUCAAGCUGCAUUUGAUUCGAUUAAUCUAGAGCUGUUGCCCUUAGUCUUUCACGAUUUGGCAAACGAAGGCCUUUUGAAAGUGGGUGGUAGAGCCUUGUUAGUUGGCAGUGGCAACGACGAAGCCAUUUACAAUUCUCAAAUUAUUAGCCAAAAUGAAAUGGAUUUGAUCUCAUAUUCAGACUCAGAGCGACAAAGCUCGAUCCCAGACGAGACUUUCGACUUUGCUUUCACGCAUGGCUUUCAUGCAAUUGAAGAAUUCAUUGACAGGACUCUCAAGGUAGGAGGUAUUGCCACGAUCCAACUCAGUGAGGACCCUUCGUUGGGAUUUCACAAGCCAUCCAACUAUAAAAUUGUCUACUUGCGCCGAUUUGACUCCACCAUUGUUGCCAUGCGAAAAAUCAGCUAUCCCCAUACAAACUCACCUAAGAAAAGGAAGUUAUGCGGUCUCACAUCAGAGGCAAAGAAGGCAGCCCUUAAUAACCUCGAGGAUGUACUCCUCGAACCACCGAGAGCGGCUUCUGGUAAAUCUAAAACGUACCUUAAACGAACAAGGUACCUACCGGACUUAUUGGGCGAUUCACUUGAAAGCUACCCACGUCAUGUUUUCAUCGAUGUGGGCUUGCCAGAAAAGGAUGGAGCUGCUGGUGAUGCAGGAUGGUUUGCGAAGCAUUAUCCAACGAGGAACAAGGAUUUUGAGAUGUACAAGAUUGAGACUGUACCGGAAGAUUCAUCAUCGUCAUCAUCCUCUGGAAAGGAGUUGUCGUUGCCCCAAAUGGGGAUGUCGGAUUGGUUAAAGAAGAAUGUGCGGGAAGAGGAGUAUGUAGUGAUGAAGGCUGAGGCUGAAACAGUGGAGGAGAUGGUAAAAAAUAAGGUUUUAGGGUUGGUGGAUGAGCUUUUCUUGGAGUGUAAGCAUCAAGGACUUAGUGGGAAGAGCAAAAGUAGUAGAAGGGCAUAUUGGGAAUGCUUGGCUUUGUAUGGAAGGUUAAGGGAUGAGGGUGUUGCUGUGCACCAAUGGUGGGGUUGAUAUAUAUAUAUAUAUAUUAAGAAGUCCAUGGAUAAAAAAUUAAUUGCAUAAAAUAAUACUGAACAGUUUCGUUCGUAAACUUGUUGGAUUGAUGAUAAAUAUAUAGUUUUGAAGAGAGAGAAGAGAGAGAUAGAAAAACUGAAGGAGAGAGAAUGAAAAGAAGAGUAAGAGUGAGUGAAGGGAGAGGGGACUAUCAAAAGUCUCAUUUUGUUAUUUGUUUUGAUUGUGUAUGCUCGUUGUUCUAAGUUUGGGUUAUUCUUGUCAUUUUGUAUUUCAAAAUUAUGAUUAUAUUGAGGGGUUUAUCAAGUUAUAAAAUUGGAGGGGUGUGAUUGGUUA